ACAAGUUUAGGUGUGAAACCCAACCCUUCCUUCACUUAGUGGAACUUGCCAUCAAGGGAAACUCUCAUUUAUGUGAUGAACAGGCAAGGUGCAGGAAUUCAGGGAGAAGUGUAGGAAAGGUCUAUGAAGGUGAUAACAACAUUUCGUUUGUAAGUGUGAGUGUGUAUCUCAAACGGUUUCCAGAGAGGAUGAAGAUCCGCGUGGUGCAAAUCUGGGGCUUCCUGUUGACGGUCCUGGGCUGGAUCUUCAUAGCCUGCUCCAUGGCCAUGGAGGGCUGGAAGGUGACCUCCAUCGGCGGCCAGGGUGGAAUGUCAGUCAUGGACGUAGCCUGGUACUGGUCCAGUCUCUGGAGGACUUGCUUCACAGACUCUACCGCGGUCACUAAUUGCUAUGACUUCCCUGUGCUCUGGUCAGUAGAAAACAACAUACAGAUUGUCCGGGCCCUUCUCAUGGGAGGGCUCACGACCGGAAUGCUGGGGUUCAUUCUGAGUCUUCUGGGGAUGGAGUGUACCUACAUUGGCGGCAAAGACAAGGAGAAGAACAGAACUCUCUUUGUUGGUGGAAUCAGCCAUUGUAUUGCUGGAAUUGCAGCGGCCUCUGGUUACGCAGUGUAUGCAGUGUAUGUCUCAGCUGAAUUCUUCAAUCCUAAUUUUGAUGGGCUAAAGUUUGACCUUGGCACGCCACUCUUCCUUGGGUGGGCUGGCUCUGCUUUCCACGUGGCUGGUGGUAUAUUCCACCUGGUCUCAGUCUAUAAGAUUUGGGCUCUGGCAUACAGCGCUCCUGUCUUGGUCGCUCCCCCUCAGCCUGUCCAAGAGGAUGGUCCAAAAGCCUCCACAGUGUUCUCUACAGUGUCUGAGAUCUCCUCGAAACCGUCCUCUGUAUCUGAACUUUCGUCAAGGACCAAUCUUUCAACCGUUUCCGGUAUCACAGAAAAGACAGGGCAUUUGUCAAAGUCCAGACGCUCCUCAAAGUCUGACCAAUCUGUAAGAUCAAAGAUGUCUGAGAGAUCAUACAAGUCCCGUAGGUCAGAAGGGUCAUCUCGCUCUUCACGAUCCUCCAAAUCGGGGAGGAGCUCAAGGGACACGAGAUCAGAUGCCUGGUGA